AUGGUUUCAUCCACUAGAAUACUACAGUACACCACCAGAUACAGAUAUCUCAUCGUACCUAUCAUUACCUUCCUUCUCAACACGGCACAACAGGAUCAGUCUGCUCAUCAUGACACAGACCACUUCCAGCAAGGCCCAAAGGCCACCCACUCGAAUCGAUGCACAGCCUCAAUAACAACCAGCCGCGAGUCUCCCACUCCCUCACUCCCUCCGCUCAAGGACAACUCACUCCCCCGUCUCAGCUACAGGCAUCUAAGCCAAACUAUGCCCGCCAUCGCCGCAAUCCUACACCAUGCCUCUCUCCGGAAGAAGAAAGCGCAGCCGACAACGCCGCCAACGCCGCCUACGCCGCGAAAGCCGUCCGUCUACCCUGUCCAUGCCGCUCACUCCGCCCACGCCGCCCACGCCGCCCACGCCGCACAUCCCUGA